AUGUCGACUGAUGAUCUAACUGGCCUUGUUCUUGGCCUUAAGCUGGAAACGGAGUUCGCUCAGGAUGGGUCGACCCUCCAUACGAUACCCCAAGGAGAGACGUCCGAGUCUUUGAUAGAGCGCUGGGUUCCUGAUGAGUCUCCGCUAUUAGGCCAGAAGGGUGGCUCAAGCAGUAUACGGCUCGAGCGAUGCGACAAGAACGGAGGCCAAAAAAGGGUCGUAAAGGAGAUUGGAAAAUUCUUUGAUGGCCAAGUUCGCGUCGACUAUGCCCGGGAACUUGAGGCUCUGAGGCUUAUCUCUAGCUCAAAGUCUUCAGACCUUUUUCUGGAAGUCUUUGGGUGGUUCGAAAAUCAAGAAUCUGUUUUUAUCUCCAUGGAAUAUCUUGAACUUGGCGACCUCAGCCGUUACUUGACCACCCCCUUUCCUGUCGACCAAACGCAUCAGAUCAUCUCGCAACUGCUGCAGGCUCUUGAAUUCCUACAUGGCCAUAUGCUUACCCACCAAGACUUGUCUCCAUCAAACAUUUUGAUCACAGCACAACACCCGGAAUGGAUUGUGAAAAUCGCGGGGUUUGGAAGUGGGAAAUACCGUAAUUGGGACUACGACACGGUCAUGACUCUUCCCAUGAAAACGGUUGAAUACAUAUCCCCCGAGAAGCUCGGAAUUAGACCAUUUGACUCUGAAUUGGCAUCUUCGGCUGACAUGUGGUCACUUGGAGUAUUGAUGUUCAAACUGCUAACAAACGGCACCCCAUUCAGGAGUGUGUAUCAUUUGAUUGAGUAUAAUUCUGGUAGUAUUCCUCUACCAGGAACGGAAAGGCUUCGAAAGUUUGCACCCCAGUCAUUCCAGAAAAUUAUUGAGGAGUUACUCACUGUUGACCCGCAAAACCGACCUUCGGCACGGUCUUGUAACAAACGUGACUGGGGUUAUAUCCCGGAUGAAAACGCAGUGGACGGGUCUAUAGGACGCACGUCUUAUUCAGUUGACAGUCUUGAGAAGACGCGAUCCGUGGAGACAUCUUCUACCUCCAUACAUUCGGGGCAUACCACCACAAGUUCGGAUCUAGAAUUUCGUCAGACAGGAACCAGGAGAAGUUUAUAUUACAACACAGACCUUGCACAAGCUGAGAAGGAAGUUGGCGAGCCAGAAGUUUCUACCCACUUUCAACAGCCUGAGAAGGAAGUUGUCAGCGAAGCAUUGGCUUCUAAUAUUCUAACCACUGAAAAAGAAGUUUUAUAUCAAGCCUUGCCAACUCAGGUCACUGUUCCACAAGUUGCUUUUCCAGGGAAAGAAGUCAUCCACAUUGCUCCCUCUGUAAAUCGGGGCCCGGCUGCAACUUGGCCGGCUCAGAAGCAGUCAGAGAUCCCAAGAGUUAAUAGCUAUGGAAAGAACAAGCCUAAUAAGCUCCAAAAGCUUCAAGAAACCCUUUUUCGCGCCAAAUCAAAAGAUGAAUCUCGGCCAAGGCUGGAAUUACUCAAGUGUCAACAAGACAUGUCGAAGCUGGCAGCAAAAGACCCUUCCAAAGCGGCUGAUCGAGGGCUCAAGUACAUACGCAGUAAUUUCAAAACCUCAUUUCCGCUUUUCCAAAAGUGUGAUGAAUGCAUUCGCUGCUAUUUCCAAUACAACGGCUUCUCUCUUACGGCAAGAACAAGGGGACCGUUCUGCCAGAUCCACAGAAGGCAAUCUGGCAUCAUACCAUUUUCGCCUAUCCAUUUCUUCGCAAUGGCCCGGCAGGACGUCGGUACAGCGACAACACGAUAUAGGAGUUGCGUCGAAGAGAUUCAGUGUCUGAUUGAGCUGGCGAAGGCCGACCCAGGCUACUUAAAUUACCCACUUCAAUUUUCUGUGACGAAUUCGGAUGGCCUGAUGGAAAUGACGCCGCUUUGGCUUGCAGCCUUGGAUAAAAAUCAAGAGGUCGUCGAUUUCAUGCUAUCAUUGGAGGCAGUCAGUAUAGGCGAGGGAGUAAAAUCUCUCUGCCUCUUGUCGAAGAUGGGGAUACCUCCCAGUCACCACGACUCCAUCCUGCAGGUUCUCAACAGGUUACCUGAAGACAGCGCUCGCCGCGCUCUCAGGGAGUAUCUUUCUUCCAAUGGUGCUUAUCCAAACAUGCCCUGGGUUUUUGCAAGCACGCAUCUUUUGGAUCAAGUACUUGUCAAAUCCGGAGAGGGUAGUGCAAACGACAGUGUUCCUCUGCAGACGCGAGAGAUGCUUCUUCCUGUCUACCUCCCCCUUGUUCACGCCCUUGCGAUUUUCCCGAUAGCAACUUCCAAAAGCCAAUUCCCAUAUGCCUCUCGCCUUGAGCUAUUCAAGAUUCUGCUGAAGCAUGGCGCUGACACCUCACGAGUCCACGAUGAACGAGGGUCGGUUACUCGGGCAUACUCUCAAAGGCUUUCACGCGGCUUGGAUCUACUCAUUGGCCCAUUGCCAGCUCCGAGAACCGUCGACAUCAUUUGCGAUGAAGUUUCCGGCCUAGUCCAAAUAAUCCAUAUGAUCCGAGAACAGCGUCCGGAAGAGAGAAUUGAUGGCUUGAGUCGCCUUAAUGCCAGCUUUAGGGAGCUCAACGCCAGUAUUUUCGAUGAAACUGAAAAAGUCAAGGCCAGGCAUCAAUCAUAUGCUAGUCGUGGGACUAUUAAAAUAUUCAGCGAAGGUGGCCGUGUCCCUGAGCUCGAAACCCUGGACCAUGACCAUAAACAAACCAUGUUCAAUAUUUGUACCGCGGCGGAGCAUUGCCAGCUGCUUCUGAAGGAUCUUGGUGUUCCCAUGGAUGAGGAUAUCAUGGGAGGCCAUACAAAAUAUGAGCCACAUCGAUAUUUCGAGGGAACCGAAAUUCAGGUCCAUGAAUUUCUCGGCGAACUAGAGGAUGGCAGCUAA